GAACGGAAAAGAAAACAGAGAGAGAGAGAGAGAGAGAGGGAGGGAGCGGGAACGAUCGAUCCGCCAUGGCCGUCAGGGAGAACCUUGUUCAAUGAUCAGCGAGUCCGAAGGUACCUCCCCGAAACUGCGACCUUCUGAACCAGCUUUUUUGCCGUCCCGCGGAUUUCCCGGGAGCCACUCCCGCUCUUUUCGUCGCUAGCUCUGGUGGUUCCGGAUCCUUAGUGAGGGUAGCUUAUAUUUUAAGGGGUUUUCCGUUUCUCCUGCUGGUGGAGCGCUCGCGGGUGCGGGAUUCUGCGUCCGUUUCUCUCCGGAACCUGGAGAUUUUGGCGUGCGGUUGGAUCUAGGGUUUUUUUUGGGGGUCUCUUGCUGUCCACUUUGGUUCUUUGGGUGGGGAAAGUUGUUUUUUUUUUUUUUUGGUCCGGUGAAUGUUUGUGGUGCUCCUGGGUUGGCAGUUCGAGAUCUAACAGAAUUCGACCUAAAGGAGAGUCUUUUGGGGUUUCUGUGAACGGGUUUAUCACCUUCCCUUCUUAGUCGUUUUGAUUCCCUUAGUAAGUUUUUGUGCGUCAAUUUUGGCGUUUCUCUGGUUCCCAUCGCCGAUUGGGGUAUUUAGAAGGAGGAAGUUUAAAAUUUUCUUGUUUGUUCUGUGUUUUGAUUUGCUUUCUUCGUUUCGUUGUUUGUCAUUUCGAGAAAAUAUUUGUGUUCCGGAGGCGUUUGAUUUUCCUUUUUUUGGGUGGAAAUUUGUCCUUUGUUGUGUAGUUUCUUGCUCUAAGUUUGCAAAGAGUGUCUUCUCGUGUAGUAUAUCGUCAAGUGAGGUCUUGAUUCUACUUCUUCCUUGUCCGUUCUGUAGUUUCUUCGGUAUAAGCUCUUCUGUCUGUGUCUUGUAUGGGAUGGUGAGAAGCCUUCUCUUGUAAGAAUGCCUGCUACCGAUUAUCAAGGUUCUUCUGUGCCUUUUGCAUCAAUAGGGCGUUCAAUUUUGAGUAUAAGGCGUGAUCAGGUUCAUUCUAUGGAAGGGAAUUUGGAGUCUGCCUCUGCUCAAGACCAGAGACUUGAGGCUUUCCAGCGCAUGGUCACUGAAAACUUCCACGACCUUUCAUCUUGCAACCCUGACGAGUUCCUUUCACUGUCAUGGAUUAGUCGCCUCCUUGAUGGGUUCCUUUCCUGCCAAGAGGAGUUCAGGGCAAUCCUUCAAAGCCAUCGGUUUCAGUUCGCCAAACCCCCGCUUGACCGCCAGACGUCUGAAUUUUUUGAGCGCAGUGUCAAGGCGCUUGAUAUAUGCAAUGCCAUUCGCGAUGGAAUUGAGCAGGUCCGACAAUGGCGCAAGCAACUUGAGAUCGUUCUGUCUGCAUUGGAUUCGCGCCAGCGCACUCUCGGUGAGGGGCAGUUCCGGAGGGCAAAGAAAGCAUUGACUGACUUGUCCAUCGGGAUGCUCGAGGAAAAGGAAGGAGGGUCUGUUCUAGCUCAGAGAAAUAGGUCUUUUGGACGCAAUUCCAGCAAAGAGCGAUCGGUGGGGCAUUUUAGAUCCCUUUCGUGGAGUGUAUCUCGCUCUUGGUCAGCAGCUCGCCAACUUCAGGCUAUUGGGAACAACCUUAACGCUCCUCGUCACAAUGACGUCUUAGCGACCGGUGGGCUUGCGGUGCUUGUAUACACCAUGAACACAGUUCUUCUAUUUGUUAUGUGGGUUCUAGUUGCAGCAAUACCUUGUCAAGAUAGGGGCCUUCAAAUGCAUUUCUCAGUUCCGCGUAACUUCUCAUGGGCUGCUGCUGUGCUUUCCCUGCAUGAGAAGAUAGUGGAGGAAUCCAAGAAGAGGGAUCGCAGGAACUCAUGUGGGCUGCUUAAGGAGAUACACCAAAUUGAAAAAUGUGCACGUCAUAUAACAGAGUUGGCAGAUUCUGUCCACCUCCCGCUGUCUGUGGAUAAGGAGAAGGAAGUAAGGCAACGAGUUGAGGAGUUAGGCCAGGUAUGUGAAGUAUUGAAAGAUGGGCUCGAUCCGCUUGAGCACCAGGUUAGGAAUGUCUUCCACAGGAUCGUUCAUAGCCGAACUGAGGGCCUUGAUUGUUUGGGAAGGCCACACAGUUCCGAGUAAUAUGCUUUGCUGUUUGGGUGCUUAUGUUGGUGUAAAGUUUUGCAAUUGUAUCGUUUCUUUUCGAGCAAUUCACUUUGAGGAUGUGAAAUCUGUCGUUUUAAUGGAAGGAAAGGAUAUAGCUAUACCCCCAGUUCCCUGCCCGCCGUGAAUAAGAUGUUUCUGUGAUGUGAUGGGAAGCAGGCAGUGCCCUCUGUAUCUAGAAAACACAUUUUGUACAAAAAAUGGUUGCCCUCACCAUACCAUCGGUACUAUAUCUUGGCUUCAGCUUUUGUUGUAUAAUUUCUGACGGUGUCCCAAUGCUGAAUUGAUACUUUGUAGCUCUGACAUGCCUUUCCUUCUUGCACUUCCUCUUUUCCCAUAUAAUAAAUGUAUAUUUUGUUUCCCA